CUGACAAUGCUGGAGAGAUAGCGCGUUUGGUUUGGAUUGAGAAACCCAGAGAAAAAAGGGGGAACCAGAGAGAAAAAAAAACAAAAAGGAGGAAAAAAGAUCCGAGAAAAAAUCCAAACAAACCCACGCCGAGAGACUGGGCAGCAUGAGGUCCAAAGGCAGGGCACGGAAACUGGCCACGAGUGAGGGCGAGGAUGAGUUUGCCCUUUAUUCGUCUGACCUCCUAGAUGAUGUGUGCGGCUCCGAUGGUGAUCCAACACCUUCUUCGGCCCUGGCGGAGGACCCAGUGUCCCCUCUGCUCUCUGAUGAUGAGUCUUCCCCUCAGGAUCCCUUGUCAUUCCAACACCCGAGCAUCUUUUUAUCCCAAGAAGAUUUGACCAUCCCCCUGGACUUUGAGCUGAGGGACUCGGUGGUUCCAGGCGGAGGCCUGGGCAUCUGGAGCCGCAGGAAGGUAAACGUCGGGGAGCGUUUUGGACCAUACGAAGGAGAGCACAGGCCUUGUCUCCGAGACCCCACUCAAGGCUGGGAGGUAGGAACAUGAUAGAUGAAGAGUUUGUGUGCUUGUUGUUAAUAUCCUAUGAAAUAUUUGCUUUAGAGUCAGUACCUUCAG